AUGGCUUAUAGAAGAAACAUGACUCUAGAAGAAGCUCAUAAUGCUAGGAGGGAUAGGUUGAAUAGAGAACGUGUUGUAGGUGAAAGAGAUGAUGAGUCUCAAGGUCCUAAUGAGAGAUCUGAAGACUCCCCCAGAUCUUCUAGUGAUUCUGAUGAGUCUAAUCAAUCUAGAAGAAGGCAUAAGAGGGAUAAGGUUGAUGACACGAAAGAUAUCAAGAUAAAUCCACCAGAUUUCAUUGGAUCUUCUAACCCAGAAGAGUUCUUUGAAUGGGUUCAGUGCCCCAACCAGAGAGCACUUACUGCUGAAGAGAUUGAAAGCUUACCAGAUGUUGACAAUGAAGAAGGUGAACCAGUGUAUGAUGAUGAUGAAAGUGAAAAAACAUAUGUUGGUGUAGAUAUUGGAGAAAUGUUGGUCGUGAGAAGAGUGAUGCAUGCUAAUGAAGUUAUAACUAAUGCCGCCCAGAGAGAGAAUAUUUUCCAUUGCAGAUGUACUGUUGUUAAAGGCAAGGUGUGUGAUCUGAACAUCGAUGGUGGGAGUUAUGCUAAUGCUGCUUCUACUUACAUGGUAGAGAAACUGGAGUUGCCAACAGUAAAGCAUCCUCAUCCAUACAAGUUGCAAUGGCUAAGUGAAGGAUCUGAGGUAAAAGUCAAUCGACAAGUUUCUAUUCCUUUUUCCAUUGGAUCUGUAUAUGAAGAUAAAGUUGUCUGUGAUGUUGUCCCUAUGCAUGCUUGUCAUAUUUUACUGGGUAGACCUUGGAAGAAGGUCACUUUGACUUCUCUGAAACGCAAUGAGUUAUUGAAAAUUAAUGGGAAUCAACCAAGCAAGUCUUUAUUUAUGUCUCAAACUGAAGUUGAAGAAGAGUUAACUGGAGGCUCUCCGAUUAUGAUGUUACUUGUGCUAGAGUGUACUGGAGAAAAGGAGCUCACUGGAGUCCCUAGUCUCCUGAAAUCUUUACUAAAGGAAUUCACUGAUGUUUUCCCAGAAGACCUACCUGAAGGUUUGCCGCCAGUAAGAGGUAUUGAACACCAGAUUGACCUGGUUCCAGGGUCAGUUCUUCAAAACAAAGCUGCUUAUAGAUGUUCACCAACUGAAGCAAAAGAAUUGCAAAGACAAGUAGAUGAGUUGGUUGCCAAAGGUUAUGUGAGAGCCAGUAUGAGUCCUUGGUUAGUUCCAGCUCUCCUGGUCCCAAAAAAAGUUGGUUUGAUGAGAAUGUGUGUUGACAGUAGAGCCAUAAAUAAUAUAACUAUUAAGUAUAGAUAUCCCAUUCCCAGAUUGGAUGAUAUGUUUGAUGAGUUACAUGGCUCCAGUGUGUUUUCUAAAAUUGAUCUCAAAAGUGGUUAUCACCAGAUUAGAAUGAAAGAUGGAGAUGAGUGGAAGACUGCUUUUAAAAUCAAAGGAGGCCUUUAUGAAUGGUUAGUAAUGCAUUUUGGUUUAUCUAAUGCUCCCAGUACUUUCAUGAGACUGAUGAAUGAAGUUCUCAAACCACUUAUUGAAAGUGUAAUCUUUCUUGGUUAUGUGAUGUCGAAAGAGGGUAUCUCCAUGGAUCCUUCAAAGGUGGAAGCCAUCAGAUCAUGGCCAGUUCCUACUACACUCACUGAAUUCAUUAAUGGUCAACACAAGCUUAAUGCCAGACAUACAAAUUGGGUGGAAUUUUUGCAAUCUUAUUCAUUUGUUUCAAAACAUAAGGUUGGAGUGGCUAAUGUUGUUGCUGAUGCACUCUCUAGACGAUACUCAUUAUUGUCCAUUCUGGAAGCAAGAGUUCUUGGAUUUUCUUUCAUUAAGGAGUUGUAUGCUGCUGAUCCAAACUUUUCUGAUCGUCUCACUGAAGCUCACCAGAAAGGACCAUUUAUUGUUCAAGAUGGUUUCUUAUUUAAAAAUGGUAAAUUGUGUAUUCCAAGGGGUUCUAUUCGUGAUCUAUUGAUAUGGGAAGCACAUGGGGGAGGUUUAGCUGGCCAUUUUGGCAUUAACAAGACUGGAGAGAUCCUCACUGAACAUUUCUAG